AUGCCUCAUCUUAAAUUAACAAAAGCAAUGGCUCAACGUUUAACUAAAGAGCAAGUUAAAAAGACUGGUUUUGUUCAACUGAGAGAAUUCCGUCGUUUAAUCAAUUUAUUAUAUUUUUAUAAUGAAUUAAGUGGUCUAUUUGGACAAUUAGAUACAAACCACGAUAAAAGAAUAAGUUUUAAUGAAUUCAAAAAAGGACAUGAACUUAUAGGUGAUGAAGAUAUAGAUGAAUAUGCAUUAAGAAAAGAAUUUCAUCGUAUCGAUACUAAUCAUGGUGGAUAUAUAUUAUUUGAUGAAUUUUGUAUGUACAUGGCAAAGAAAAAAGCUCGCUAUGAAAAGCGCCGUGUAUAUUUUUCGAUCAAUAAAUUAAAACAAUCAGAUAAACAAUUAACAACUCAGAAUCAGAUAACACGUUUCAAUUCUAUUCCAAUUUCUCGUCAAUAUGAUCAACGUUGUCACCGUGGUUUUCUUUUACACGUUUGGUUGAACAAUGAUGAAAAUUUAAAUACUACAGCUUGUCUGUGUCCAGCGUAUUCUGAUUCAACACGUACAUUAUUUGCUUUAAUUAUUUCACUAACAAAUGAUAAUAAUGAAAGAAUUAUUCAUUCAUAUCAACAACUUACUUAUAUUUAUGUUCAACAUUGCCCAGUUAAAUUCAAUAUUUAUUUACUUUAUUCAACUCGACCGAAGAAUGCUACAAAUAAUUAUUUUAUUCAUAUUGAUAUUUAUGAAAAGAAUUCAUUUCGAUAUCGUGCAAGUUUAUUCGCACCAGUUCAUUUUCCAUUUUUACCUGUAAGUCGUAUUGCUCUUGAAGUGAAUAUUUCACGUAUGAGAGUUUUUAUUCUCGUUAGUUUAUUUAUAAUCUUAUAUAUCGAUAUGGAGACAUUUUUUACAAAAGAACAAAAACUUGAUUUUGCUCGUCGUCAAUUUAUAGAAGUGAAAGAUGAUGAUGAAAAUAUUAGUUGGGAUAAUAGUUUAUUGAUAAUAAAAAAAAUAUUUGGUAGUCAUUUAUCGAUAACAAAAAUAAAUAAUUUACUAUAUGAUGCUGAUCAAGACAGCAAUGACAAAAUAUCGUUCGAUGAUUUUAUAAAUGUUAUUAAAUCCUUAUUAUUAGAAGAAAACGAAAUGAAUACAGAUGCUGAUCGAUCACUUCCAGAUGAACAGCAAAAGCAACAACAGACGGACGAUUUUGUUCAAAAAUUAUUCGAAUUGACAGACAAUGGAACGAAAAUUGAUAAACAGAUGAUGGAAACACUUGCACAACAAUAUAACAUUCAAAAAAAAUGA